UGGGAAAGAUUGAAGGAGUGUCUAGAUGCACUCGGGAACCUGGCUGGGAGCUUUUAAGUGCUGGUAAGUUCUAGACUUGGUUUCCAAAGUGGGUUCUAGAAUGGUGCUUUGCAAAGAGAAGUCUGCCACCGGUCCAUAGACUUGAGAUCAGGAGAUCAUUCUAGAAGACAGUUUCUCAACCUCAGAGCUAUUGACACUUGGGGCUAGAUAAUUAUUUAUUGUGGGGGAGGGGGUGUGUGCUGCCCUGUGCAUUGUAGGAUGAUGAGCAGUAUCCCUGGCCUCUACCCUUUAGAUGCCAGUAGGAUACCCCUACUCCAAGUUGUGACAACCAAAAAUGUCUCCAGACAUUGCCAGUGUCAUCUGGGGUGCAAAAUUGUCCCCGGUUGAGAACCUCUGCUUUGUAGAGUGCUGAUUUCUUUUUUAUUAUUACUGUUGUGAUUCAUAGCAGGGCUUUCUCAAUAUAGAAAGCAGUGCAUUGAUUUACCUCCUGGCACAAGCUCCUUAUCUUGUCAGGGACUGGCCCUUUCAAGAGCACUGUUCUAGAGCAAGAGGUUCUGCAAGCUACCUGAUGCAGCUGGUGGGAGGGCCCAGGGAAGGUGGAAGAAGAUGGGCUUCUAGAUCUGCCUUGUGUCAUGGCAAGGGCCUCCGAGAGCCAUGCCUGAAAGUCGAGAAGAGCAAGAACUCUUCUGGAUCAACCUAGCCACCCUCCAGCUUUGUUCUAGAGCCAAGUCAAGACGAGCAAGAACUCUUCCGGAUCAACCUAGCCACCCUCCAGCUUUGUUCUAGAGCCAAGUCUUUUUGAAUCGGGGGAAUCAGAAUUGUGAUGGGGGUUCUAGACCCAUUCUGUUGUAAGGGCUCUUUCUGGAUGUGUGGAUGAGUUUCCUGGGGGCAGGAAAAAUGCGGGUUCUCAAGCAGGGACUUUAUAUAUUCACCCUAUGGACAUAAGGAGGACACCGAAGGUUCUAGAAAUGCUCAGCUGGUGGCUUCCCAGUGUUUACAAGGAUGUGGAUGCAUCCAGAACACAUUCCCUCAUCCCCCUCUCCUGCAGAUAUGAUUGGACAGAGGAGUCGAAGCAGCAAAUGCCCCAUGGAAGCCAAAGUGAUGAGUGGAAGGGAGACCCUGAGACUUCGUUCUGGGGGCGCCGCCACAGUAGAAGAGACGCCCAGUGAAUUUGAGGAGGAGGCAUCUCAGAAGGUGGAUGAUCUGCUGGAGAGUUACAUGGGCAUCCGGGACCCAGAGCUGGGUAAGGGGCCAGGCGGUCACCAUGGUGGAGACAGCCAAGAAGACGAUGAACGUCCAGGAGUUUGCACGCUGUUUAGACUCCGUCUUGGGCGAGUUCGCCUUCCCAGACGAGUUUGUGGUGGAGGUGUGGGCCGCCAUCGCGGAGGCCAGGGAGGCCUGUGGCUAGCCUGUCCCCCAGGCGGGUGCAGCUCCAGCCCAGAGCGCACCUCACUGCCCCAGCCCUCCCAGCCAGCGCCUGAAACCCAGCCCUGCCUCCGAGGCCAGCCCAGACCCGAGACCCAGCCCUGCUCCAGAACCCAGCCCAGCUCCGAGGCCAUCUCUGAAACUCAAUCCAGUUCUAAGACCCAACUGAGCUCCAGAACCCAGCCCAAUUCUAAACCCCAGCCAUCCUGUAGAACCCAGGAUAGCCCUGAGGCUAAGCCCAGCUCUAGAACCCAACCCAGCUCCCAGACCAAACCCAGAUCUGAGGCCAAGCCAUGCUCUAGAGACCAGGCCAGCUUUAAGACCUCGUCUAGCUCUGGGCCCAAACCUUGCUCUAGAACCCAACUCAGCUCUGAGGCCCAGCCCAUCCCUAGAACCCAGCUCAACUCUGAGGCCCAGUCCAGUUCUAGAACCCAACCCAGAUCUGAGACCAAGACAAAUUCCAGAACCCAGAUCAGUUGUGAGACCCAGCCCAGCUCUAAAACCCAGCUCAGCUCGGGGACCAAACCUAGCUCUAGAACCCAUCCCACCUCUGAGAUCAAGCCAAGUUCUAGAACUCAGUUCAGUUCUGAGACCAAAACCAGCUCUGAAACCCAGCCCAUCUCUAGAACCCAGCUCAGCUCCGAGAACAAGCCUAGCACCAGAACUCAACUCAGCUCUGAGUCCCAGCCCAUCUCUAGAACCCAGCUCAGCUGUGAGACCAAGCCUAGCUCUAGAACCCAGCUCAGCUCUUAUACCAAGCCUACCUAUAGAAUCCAGUUCAGCUCUGAGACCCAGUCCAGCCCCAGAACCCAACCCAGUUCUGAGAUCCAACCCAGCUCUGGAACCCAGCUCAGCUCAGUGACCCAGCUCAGCUCUGAGACCAAGCACAGCUCUAGAACCCACCUCAGCUCUGAGGACUGGCCCAGCUCUAGAACCCAGCUCAGCUCUGAUACCAAGCCUAGCCAUAAAAUCCAGCUCAUCUCUGACGCCCAGCCCAGCUCUAGAACCCAACUCAGCUCUGAGACCAAGCCAAGUUCUAGAAUCCAGCUCAGCUCUGAAACCAAGUCUAGCUCUGAGUCUGAGACCAAGCCCUGCUCUACGGCCCAGGCCAGUUCUGAGACUAAGCUCACCUCUAGAAUCCAACUGAGCUCUGACAUCAAGUCAAGUUCUGGAAUCCAGACAAAUGUUAAGAACCAGCCAAGGUCUGAGCUUAUUCCUAGUUCUGGAACUCAACCCAGCUCUAAGACCAAGCCCUGCCAUAAACCUUCGUCCACCUCUGGAAUUCAAGAUAGCUCCAUGGCACAGCUAUAUGUGGACACUCAGUCCAGCUCAGGAACACCAGCUAAUUCUGAAAUCCAGGUGAGAUCCAAGAAGCAGCCUAGCUUCCGAACCCAAGCCAGCUCAAGAUCCAAAGACGGCAUCCAAACUCAACCUUAUUCAAGACCUCAGACCAGCUCAGGAACCCAGAUCUACUCUGCAGCCCAGUCCAGAGCCAGAUCUAAGCCCUUCUCUAAAACCCAGUUGCAUUCAAGUACCCACUCCUAUCCUGGGGCCCAGUCCAGCUCCAGUGAUGAGUCCACCUCUGAGACUGAGCCCAACUCUCAAACCCAGAUUAAUACUAUGACUAGGCCCAUCUCCAGAAUUCAGACCAAGUCUGGAACCCCAUCCAUCUUUGAAGCAAGGCCUGGCUCCAGAACUCAGCUUGGCACUGAGCCCCAACCUCACAGCAGAAUGCAGACCAGCUCUGGAAUGCAGUCCAGCUCUGGCACGCAGACCAACUUCAAGUCCUGGCCAAGGUCUAGACCUCAGUCCAGCUCUAGAACUCAGCUCAGUUCUGGAGCACAGUCCAGUUCAGGGACCCAGACUGACUCUGAAAAUCCACCCAGCUCCGAGACACGGUCAGUUGCUGAGACCCAGCUGAGUUUCAAGAUCCAACCAAACUCCAGAAUCCAUUCUAGUCCUGGGACCCGGACCAAUGCAGCAACAGAGUUAGGCUCCAAAAUCCUGCUUGGCCCUGAGAGCAGGCCCAGCUCCAAAACUCAAGCCCAUCCAGGACCUCAACCAACUUCUGGGACUCAGCUUCUCUCUAAAACCCUGCCAAGCUCUGGAUUCCGGUUCCAGGCCACAACCCAAGAUAGCUCUGAUAUCCAGCCAGACUCUGGAAUGCAGACAAGCUUUGGAACUCAUCCUGGCUCCAGAACCCAGCCCAACUCAGGGACACAGAUAAAUCCCAGGAUUCAGUCCUGCUCUGGAGCCCAUCUUAGCUCCAGAACUCAGUCCACCUCUGAGAACCAACCCAGCUCUGAGACACAGACACAUUCCAGACUUCAGCCCAGCCCUGGAGCCCAUCUUAGCUCCAGAACCCAGAGGAGCUCUGGAACCCAGCCCAGUCCCAGAACCCAAUGCAGUCCCAGGAUUCAGCUCAGCACCGAGACCCAGCCCAGCUCUGGAACCCAGACCAGCUCUAGAAUUCAGCCCGACUCUGGAGCCCAACUUAGCUCCAGAAUCCAGUUCAGCUCCAGGAAUGGACUCUGCCCACAAACCUCUGGCCUUAACCCUAGAACCCAGCCUGACUCCACUCCUCCAACCCAACCUCAGCCCCCAGACCCAACAAGAGCCUCUACUCCAGCCCCUAGCAAAGACCCUUGGCCUCUGCCUGAGCCCUGUGAUCUGGUACCUGGAACACAGGCCAGCCCCGGCCCAGCCCGAAGUCUACCUGCCUCGCAGCCACAGGCCCCGUCAACCCCCCGGAAGCCAGCCCUUUCCCCCAAACCCCAGCUCAGACCCCCGAAGUCCACCCCACCUGCUUUAUCUAUUACCCCCAGUCCUGUUUCCCAGGCCAUCUUACGAUCCCAAACUCCCGAGCCCCCAGCUCAGGGGCCUGCCCCCUCCUCCAUGCUCGGGGUCCCAGGGCCUGGGUCCCAGGAUUCAGAGCCCCUCCUCCACCACAGGGGUCCAUAACUUGAGUGUGGCAAUGUUUUGACCAAAGCCUGGGGCCUCCACCCUGUGAAACUGGAGGUGACCUCAUCCCCCCAGGGGAUAGCCAAGGGUGGAGGAGGGAGGAAGGGCCGAAAGAGGGGGUUUCAUUUCAUUCCGGUCUGGCUCUGGGAGGUGUAAGUGGAUCCAGGUCUGUGGGGAGAAAAAGGGGGAGCAGGAAG